GGACCGAGAACAGCAUAAUCGAGGCCAUUCAGAUAUGCAUGAGGGCUGAUCACACGGAUGAGUAUGCUGGUCUCGGCAGUUUCAUCGUGGGAUCCUCUCCGAACAAUCAAAGGAUUGAAUGUUUUUGGUCGCAGUUGGCCAAGGAUAGACCAAUGUGGUGGAGAGAGUUUUUUGCAGAGCUUUCUGGGAUGGGCUAUUUGGAUGGUGGCAAUGUAUUGAUUGCUCAAUGCGCUCGUUUUUGUUUCAUGCACUUGAUUCGAAAAGAUUUAGAUGAUAUGGCGGUGCGCUGGAAUCAACAUAUCAUUGCACCGAGCAGAGGUUCAACCCUACCACGCGGACGUCCAGAUACCUUACAUUUUAUACCAGAGCUAUACAAUAGCAAAUCAUUCAAGAAAUUUGUUGACAUUAGUGACAUCAGCGAAUUCAACGAUCCUACAUUUGCUAUUGCUGUUGCAGACAACAAGCCUGAGUUUAAGUCAAGGAAUGCCUCUACUUCGCCGCAAGCCCUUUGUGGCCAACGUUCCCAAAAAAACUCUUAAAGCAGAUGAUGACGUUUUUUACUGCGAAAUGACUGGAGAAGCUUUUUUGGAUUAUGAGACUUUCUACCAACGGAUGAUAUUAUGUAACAGCUUGGUAUGGAGUUGUGAGUUAACUGGAAGGUCAAAUCUCACUUAUAAGGAAGCUUUGGAAUCUGAAGAGACCACAAAGAAAUUAAUGGAUGUUUUACCACACCCUCUUAAGCAUGCCUUGCUCACUAUCGUUCAUCAUACAAAGCAGUCUAAAAUUCAGACUUUAACAGACCUUGGAUUUGAUUUUUUGCGCAAUCGUUAUCAAGUUAGUGAACAAGUAGAAGUGAAAGUAAAAGAUGUUUGGUAUGAUGGCAUCAUCAAAAUUAUUCCUGACACUUCAAAUGUUUCAAAAUUAAAUAAGAAGCUUAUGUUACCACUGGAAUCUAAAUCUGAAGAAAUUGAUCAGGAAAAUAAUCAAGUAAAGAGUAAACAUAGGUCGUUGCUUGGCAGCAAGUCAAAUUGGCCAGAUGCAUCAACCAUUCAGUAUGAGGUUGAAAUAAUGAAAGGAACAAAAAAAGGAAGUAUUGUCAGCGUCAUAGGAAAAAUGAUCAGAAGGGGAAAAGGAAUCUUUGUAAAAGACAGGAUAAAAUUGUUUAUCAAGCAAGCAUGUGCCAGAACAACCAUAUCAUCUGAUGAUGGCUAUUGGGUUGUUUUAGAAAAGGAGGUAGACAAAUACGGUCUUGGUGAAUCAUCUAUUGUUCCACCAGAAAUUGUCAGAAAAUCACCAAAGAAAAAAAGAAAAUCACUAUCUAAAGAAGAAGUAGGUAAAAAGAAAAAGAAAAAGAAAAUUGAUUCAAAGCAAAAGACAUUGGAUGAGAUGAUCAAAGGUGGCUGUCAUGGAAAGAAAUCUACAAAAUCAUCAGGUGAUAGACCAAAAGAAUUAACAUUAGAACAGAAAAAAAAAGAAUAUAUCAAGGAGAAAGAACGUAAGAAACUUGAUCUGGACAAUUUAAAGAUGACUAAGUUAAAAGAAAAGGAAGAAGAAAAGGCCAGAAAAAAGAACGAACGUGAAAAGGAACGAGAAAAACAGAUUGAAGCAAAAAAAUUAGAGCUUGAUUUUCUGAAGGAGUUUAACAAACCAAGAGAAGAUUUAAAGCUAGAAGAUUCAAAACCUCUACCAACAUUUGUACCAUUCAAGUCAGUUCUUGAUCAGGAACUUAUUGGUGAUUGUGUGAUGGUUGUUGAGUUUGUUAAUAUCUUUGGUUCAUUGUUUGAUUUGGACAAUGAGAUUGAUGGUAAAGUUUCAUUUAGUUGGUUAGAAGAAGCACUAACUGAACAUGACGCUGAGGGGAAGUAUUACGAAAUCCUGAGAUUUCUCUUGCAUGCCUAUCUCCGUCUUCAACAAGAUGAAAAUACGCACAUGAAUGAUGACGACGAUGAUGCCUCAACGUCUGGUGAAAACACUCCAGCAAUGCAACCAGAAAAUGGAAUUGAUAAUGAACAGGCACUAGCAAAAAAAGCUUCUGCAAAUGCCCGAGCUGCGGCUGUCUGGCCUAUGCUUUACCAGGGCAUGGCUUUGCGUGAUUUAACCAUUGAGCCCUACUCACUAACAGAAAUCUUACGAUUGCACAUUCUCUCCUCUGGUGUGCAAAUUGGAGGAAUUGUGAAUUAUGUUGAUUGGCAACGUAGAGGGCAGUACCAAAUGUCAGAUGACCCUUGCGUAUCAUUUCGACACAGAGAGUACAUGAUAAUGACAAAACUUAUGACAAACAGUGUUUACGACUUAGGUAUUGAUGAAAAGUUAAAGGUUUUAGUGCUGUUGUGCAACCAAGCACUGAUGUUGUCUACAACAAGAGAGUAUAUGGAAGAUGCUGUUGAUAAAAUUAAAAGCCUAAGAAAGGAAUUGCGUGAAUUACAACAUGAAGAAAACAGAAGAAGGCGCAUGGUAGCACAGGAAAGGUGGAAAAAGAAGUUGGAAGAGAGGAACAAACAAAAAGAAGAAGCUGAGCGAAAGAAAAAAGAGAAGUUAUCUCAAAAUUCUCCGAAUACUGGUACUAAACCCAAGUCAUCACCAGUGCCUGCCAAGGAGUCUGCAGGUGCAGAAAAAAAAGUUGAAACAGAGGAAAUUACAGAGGGAGGAGAUAAGUCAGGUAAAAGCCAAGAGGAACUGCAAGAAGAGAGAAAAAGAAGAAGAGAGGCAAAAGAGAUACAAAUCGAGGAAUUUCAUCAUGACAAAUUUCUCUUUAAAGAAAAAGAACUUCUAAACGAGAUAGCGAAAUAUAGUUUGAUAAUAUCAGAAGUACCCUUUGGGAAAGAUCGUACUUUUAGAAGGUACUGGAAAUUCUCUAGCAUUGAUGGUGUUUAUGUUGAAAACAAUGAUGAUGGAGCCAUCCAGUUAUUAAAAUUAGAUGAAAGUGCUGGUGAGGUAGAGGAAGUAGAAACUGAAGAUGAAGACGAGCGUACCCCAAUGGAUGAUGUGGAAAUUAAAAGGAAGGAAUGCACUAGUGUUUCUCUUGAAGAUAUUUUACAAGCAAAAGAAAAUGGAGAGUCUCUCCACAAGUUAAUUCUAAAUCGUUAUAAAUGCGAAUACACACCUCAAUGUGAGGACAUUAUAAACAAAAGUGCAGUGUUAAAGCCUUUUAUUGAAAACAUAAAAUGUGGAAUCGACACAGGUGUUUAUUCAGUUCGAGAUAGAACAAAGUGGUACAGUAUAUCUAACAAAGAACAAUUUGAGUCUCUCUUAAAAUCAGUAAACCCCAGAGGUCUUCGCGAGCAAGCCUUGCGUACGACUCUUAGUAAUGAACAAAAACAAAUAAUGGAACAUUUUGAUGAUAUUGAAAAACGCAAAGAAAAAGCUUUAAAUCGAAAAGCUCGGCCUACUCAAAAGAAACCUGAUCCAAACGAAAUUGACAAGACAUUGUUUAAAACAAUGGAUGAUUAUAUUGAAGGUAACUUACGUGACCAGUUACUAGAAUUGGAAGAACGGUUAUACUUGGCAAAUUUUGGCAGUAUCAGUGUAGACAAAAGAGAUCAAUGGAGAGCUGCAAUAGAGGAUGGGAUAAAUAAAUUAAUAAAUACAGAACCUGUGGGUGUUGCUAGUAAGAAGAAUUCAAUGAAUGGAGUAGAGAAUAAUUUGCUGAAUGGGGAUGCCAUAAAUGUAGACAAUGCUGGCAAAGACAAUAAACCAAAGGUCCAAUUGCCAAAUGAUAAUGGGAUCACCAAUGGAGUUCAUGACAGCAUGGAAGUCGAUGACCAAGACACAAGUGCACCUGCUAAAGCUUUGCCAUUGCACAUUAAAAGUAAUGUAAAGGAGGAACAAACACGAUGUAGUACACCAGUUGAAGUCCCAGAAAAUGAGAAACAAGUCAUUGUGCAAGAGUUAGCUGAAGCACUUCUUCAGAUUGAAAAGAGUUUAGAGAAAAAAUUUCUCAAGCCACCACUUGGCGAAAGUGAUGAAAUCAAACGUGAAAGAAUAAAAGAAAUGUUGGAAGCCGCCAAUGCUGAGUUUGAAAUAUCAAAAAAUGCUCAUGAUGAGGCAAAGAAAGAUGAUGAGGAGAAAAAAUCAUCCACAUGCUUAAGUCGCUGGGAGGAAUCUCUUCUAAAGUGUACCAGUUUUUCGCAAGUAUUUGUACACUUAAAUACCUUGGAUCGUUCCGUGAUCUGGGACAAGUCUAUUCAAAAUACAAGAUGUAGAAUGUGUCGUAGAAAAGGAAAUGAAGAAGAAAUGCUGUUAUGUGAUGGUUGUGAUCGAGGUUUCCAUAUGGGAUGCCUAAAACCACCAUUAAAGGCUGUCCCGAAAGGAGACUGGUUCUGUCAUGACUGUAGGCCUAUCCACAUUCAACGUAGAAGUCGUAAACAUUCUACAAAAUCACAAGAAGAUACAGAGGAAGAGGAGGAAGAAGAAUCAGAGGAUGAAACAGAGGAGGAGGUUGAAGAGGUCGAAGAAGACUCUGAGGAGGAGAGUGAAAAUGAUGAAGACUCUGAAGAAGAUUCUGAAGAUGAGAGUGAAGAAGAAAGUGAAGCUGAAAGUGAAGCAUCUACGCAUGGAGAAUAUUGUACAGUUUGUAACAAAGAUGGCACCCUUAUUCUGUGUGAAGACUGCCCAAGAAGUUUUCAUAUUGAAUGCUGCUACCCCCCUCUGAAAAAAGUACCUCGAGGGGUAUGGCAUUGUCAAAUAUGCACUGGUGCAGAUGCAGAUUUACCAUACAGAAAAAGAGCACAAACACAUGAAAAGUUAAGAGAGAAAGCUCAAAAGGAAGCUGAAAAAGAAAUGCAGCAAAAAAAGAAAAAAACACAACAACGUGGUAAACCUACAUCAAGUGAUAAACAGAGUAAGAGAAAUCAAACUACACCUCCAAGUGAAAGACCUUCAAAGAGAGUCAAGCUAGACAGUGAUACUGAAUCACAGGGCUCUUCUCAUUCUUCACAGCGCAGUUCAGUGGGAUUUGGGCGUCAGCAGCUCAAACAUUGUACAACUUUGAUUAAUGAUAUAUUUAAACGAAGCGAGGCUGAUGUUUUUCUUGAUCCAGUGGAUUUAACGGAGGUUCCUGAUUACACCGAUUUUAUUGACCAUCCCAUGGAUUUUGGUACCAUAAAGCGUAAACUAAAUACAGCAAAGUAUCAUGAAGUUACAAACUUUCUUGAUGAUAUUGGUUUGGUGUUCUCAAAUUGUGAGUCAUAUAAUCCACCUCGAUCACAAGUUGCUAGAGAUGGGAGCAAACUUAAAACGUUUGUCAACAAGAGAAUAAAAGACUUGUGCUUAAAAUAAAAACAACAUUGGUUCAAAGAAAAAUCUAGGCUUACUUGUCACCAAAGACAUGGUCUUUAAAAUAGUAUGUACGCAGUCAUAACCAAAGCAACAGCUCUUUAGACUUUUGGUCAAGAAAAUCAUAAUAUUAUUUUAAGGUUUCAUCUCCAGCUUCCAUUUCAAAUUUUUUGCCUUUUUUUACGUCUGCAAUCACAUACUGUGAAUAUUCUUGUCAAAAAUUACUAUAAUGGUACCUUGAAUUAAAAUUGGCUGAUAAUGUUUUUCUUUGUCUUUGUACAAAAUUUGACGAACUUUUUUCUUAUAAGUGUUUGACCCCUCAACUCUUUUUUUUUUUUUUGCAAUUGUAUUGAUAUGUAUUGUUUAACAUUAAUGUCAGUUGUAAAGAGUUUGUGUUUCUAGUUUUUUCUUUGUUGUUAUAAUUAUCAAAAAGUACCUGUUGCUGUUUAAAUUUUCAGAAUGGAAAGGUAGAGAUAUUUGCUUCCUUAGAAUAAGGUUGAAAUUAUAAUUGUAUUACGUAUAAUUUUUUGGAGAGUGAAUAAAGUUUUAUAAUACACAAAUAAAUUGUU